GAAAAGCUGGUCAGUGUAAAAAUGCAAGAGAGAGCAAGCAGCAAAAGUGUCUGAGAACAGGAAGCGAGAUUAAGAUUUAGCUGAAACGUGGUAGGAGUAGCGGAGGAGCCAUAUCAAAUGUGUCAACUCCAGGCAAGCGCCAGACAAGUGCUACCUGGUGACUUCGCAUUUACACGCCAUACAGUGAGGGAAUCGCAACUGUUUUAAUGUUUUUUUUUAACUUCCUUGUUCCAUACAGUAUUGCCAAAGUAAACACACAGCUGAAAAUAAACACUGAAUGCUUAUGCAUGAAAUGAAUUGUCAGGCGAAAACAAAGGACAGUUUACCUGUCAAUAAAGUUAUCUUUAGUUUGUAUUGUAAAUGUAAAAAGUAAUUUUAGCUUGUUGUUAUCGUUGUUUUUAAAAAGUUUUUUUUUGGUUUUAAUUAGCAUUUUUUUCAAUUUGUAUUCAUUUUCAUUAACCAUAAUAACCUUGUUUCCCACCAGCUUCUGCUGUGUACCAGGUAAAUUUGAGUGCAGUGUCUCGGGCCUGCGCUGGAUUUGUAAGGAUUUUCCUCUGAGCUUUAAGUACCGCUUUGGCAAGUGGUGGGAGCACGAUCACAAAUUGGAAGCCCUGCAGUACAUGCCUGCAGGCCCCUUAUUGGACAUCACGCUGACUGACGGGCAGUUUGAUGAGGUCUAUCUGCCACACUGGAUCUGCACGGCUGUUGAUCCUACAAUUUUCGAGAAGUUUGCAGUUUUGCAUUCAGAUAAUGAUGGAGUUAGUGUGGAAAACGUGCCCGAGGUCACACCAUCCCAUGUCAAGCUACCGCACACAGAUUUUUCUGCAAGAGGAGUGCUCACCCGGAUCAAGCGUUGGGCUGGCUUUCUUGUGUCUCUGAAGUGCAAAGUGUUCAUCUACAAGACCAAGAAAGCAUUCCUGACGCUACAUGUUUAUCUGAUCCCGAGCGACCCUGCUCUUGAAGCAGAACUACAAAAGAAAGCAGAAGAGAAAGGCUACGAAAGGAUUGAGAAGCCCUACCCCCUGGGUGUCUUGAACAUGAAUGACCAAUUCAGCCUGAAAACUGAUGUGGAAGGUGCAGCAAUAUGCCCAAAGCAUUUUCAGCUCAUAUAUGAAAGUUGGGACCCUAAUUACAUUGAGGUGUUCAUCCAACAACCAGGAAAUGAAUUCACCCUCUCACUUGAAAAUGCAACUGGAACAGUGUGGAGCUGUGAGAUUCGACAAUUUGACUACUCAAGUCAGAGACCCUUCAUGCGUGUCGUGACGGAAUAUGAUGUUGAGCUUUUGCGAGUGAGAUCCAGAUUUGUGGAGCGAGUCAGUGAAGAAGUUAUUAAUCAGUUGUUGGAUGACCUUUCGGACACAACCCUGAAUGACGGUGAGAGAGAAGCAAUAAUAGAGGGGAACGUGACCCGCGCGGACAGAGCACGUGCACUGAUCGAUACGAUCAGGAAGAAAGGAUCCAAAGCUUCUGCGAUGAUGAUCGUUCACCUUCAGCGCAGAGACCGUACACUUUACGCCCAGCUGCGGCUGCCCUUGGUCAUAUCCUUUCCAAGCAGCGGAGAAGCCCCGAGCUUUUUGGAUAUGUAGAAACU